AAAUAAUUUCGUGCGAAUAAGUCAGUAAGAAUCAGGCAGAUCAACAUUUUAUAAAUAACUAUUGUCGUGCUAUCAUCGCUGUACGUGUAACGAACCAAGAGACAACCAUUUACGAUCUGACGCUUAAUAAAUAUAGCAUGAAAAUAUAUACAACAAAAACCGAAUAGAAAAGAUUGGAUAAAAUAAAUCACAAUCUCAAAUAUUACUUAAGUUUAAAAAGAAAAAUUUUAAACACCCACGUCCACGAUGCAUAUAUUUAGAUUAAUACGAAUCUUAAAACGAUUUUUAUGUUAUUGGUUACCAAUCUUCGUAGUUCUUGUUGUUUUUAUGUCAAGCAUAUCAGUCUUAUUAGGAGCAAGUAAUGAGACGAAUACGAUAUUCAAUAUAGAAAAUGACAAUCAGACUUCUAAUAAGUCAAAUGAUGAUAUAAAAGAUACAAUUAAAAAAAAUACAUUACACGAUUUUCAUAAGAAGGUGUCGGUUGUCUUAAGUAUUACAUUUACUUUAUUGAUUCUAAUGCUCGCAAUAUUUGGCUACAUACACUUAUUUCGCCCACGUCUCUUUGGCCGUUGUCCUAGAGUAAUGGAUGCCCUGAAUAGAGUAAUGAAUGUCCAGCCACUUGCCGUGCCGCAUGCAAACGGAAGAGUUGUUAUACCUGCAAAUGAUGUGCAACAGCAACAGAAUAGAGUAAUAAAUGUCCAGCCACUUCCCGUGCAGUAUGCAAACGGAAGAGUUAUUAUACCUGCAAAUAAUGUGCAACAGCAACAGAAUAGAGUAAUAAAUGUCCAGCCACUUCCCGUGCAGUAUGCAAACGGAAGAGUUAUUAUACCUGCAAAUGAUGUGCCACCGCAACAACCUCCAGAGAACUAAUUACAUAUACGUAUGUUAACAUUGAUGUUUUGCUGUUAAUUGUAAGAUUUACUUAUAUAUAACAUUGAUAAAAUUUCGUAAGUAUAUUAUUAAGCCCGAAUCUCAAUUUGUUCUGAUGCAUACGCGGUUAUACAAGUAAUUUUUAAGUUAGAGUUAGAAAAUAUUUUAAUAAUUGUAUAAUGAAAAAUUUCGAUCAGAAAACCA